UUCCACUUCGUCCGCAGCUCACGAGGACCUGAACCAAGAGUCAACAGGUCGACAGUGUAACUGUGCUGAGCGGCUGAAUUCAGGGACUUCCACGCGCGUAAUGACGCUUUUACUGGCUCCUCGCGACUUUAGGAUUAAAAUGAUGAGGGGACUGCACGUGCAUUUGGUGUGAAUUUUAAACCAGCGCUCUAUCUCUCAAGACACCAUGGAGACCCAUAACCUGCGUUCAUUCUGCGCACCUUUAAAGAGCGAAAACUUCCCAGAAGUGUCCGCGCGUUUUCAAAGAACUUUUGACUUUUCCAACGACUCUUAGGAUAUGUUGUGUUUUUUGUGAAGUCCCCUGCACAUAUUUAAGAGACGUAUUCCAGUAACAGUUAGACAUGCAGAGCCGUGGUGUGAUGAGAAGCUGGGCCGGUGUGUCCGCGGUGCGCUCCUGCCUGCUGCUCCUCUUCAUCCACAUGAGCGCACCGGUGGAGGCGCGGAGAGUACACGGCGGUCGGGCGCAAAAUCGGCGGGUUCAGCAGCAACAGCAGCAACAACAGCAGCAGCAGCAAACUCCGGCACAGAGGGAGCGUGUGGAAGGAACAGAGAGCUUUCCGUUAGACUUUACAGCCGUGGAGGGCAACAUGGACAACUUCAUGGUACAGAUAAAGAACUUGGCGCAGUCCCUGUACCCAUGCUCUGCGCAGAAGCUGGAUCAAGACAUGAAGCUGCACUUUUUGAACAAUGUAUCUGUGACUUGCAAUGACGGGUCAGCAGCAGGGUACUACAUCAAGGAGUCCAAAGGCAGUAAGAGGUGGCUGCUGUUCUUAGAAGGUGGAUGGUACUGUUUCAACAAGCAGACCUGUGACAGCAGGUAUGAGACGAUGAGGAGACUGAUGAGCUCCACCAAGUGGCCAGAAACCAGAACAGGAACAGGAAUAAUGUCUCCUCAGCCGGAAGAAAACCCUCACUGGUGGAACGCCAACAUGGUUUUCAUCCCGUACUGCUCAAGUGACGUGUGGAGCGGAGCCACACCGAAGACAGAGAACAGUGAUUAUGCGUUUAUGGGCUCUCUGAUCAUAAAGGAGGUGGUGAACGAGCUGCUGACAAAAGGACUGGAAAAUGCCAAGGUUUUGCUUCUGGCAGGAAGCAGUGCGGGUGGCACAGGCGUCCUGCUGAAUGUGGACAACGUUGCAGAGCAGCUGGCGUCACAGGGCCACCGAGGGGUGCAGGUCAGGGGCCUGGCUGACUCUGGAUGGUUCCUGGACAACAAACAGUACAAAUUCACCGACUGCCUGGACACCAUCAGCUGUGCCCCCAUUGAGGCCAUAAAAAGAGGCAUCAGGUACUGGGGCGGUUUGGUGCCAGAGGGCUGCAGACAGGCUCAUGUGGGAGAGGAGUGGAACUGUUUCUUUGGAUAUAAAGUCUUUCCCACGUUAAAAAGCCCGUUGUUUGUGGUGCAGUGGCUGUUUGACGAGGCUCAGCUGACAGUUGACAACAUCCACCUGACGGGGCAGCCUGUCCACGAGGGUCAGUGGCGGUACAUACAGAACCUGGGACAGGAGCUGAGGAACACGCUACGUGACGUACCGGCGAUGUUUGCUCCGGCCUGUCUGUCACAUGAACUCAUCACAAGAACCUACUGGAUGGACAUUCAGGUGAAAGGCACCUCCCUGCCCCGAGCCCUCCACUGCUGGGACCGCAGCCUCCAGGACAACAACCACACCAACAGCAGCAACCACAACCAACAAAAGCACAAGACCCCGCCCAUGAGGGGCUGCCCUCUACAUCUGAUUGACAGCUGCCCGUGGCCGCACUGUAACCCCUCCUGCCCGACCAUUCGCGACCAGCUGACGGGACAGGAGAUGAGUGUGAUCCAGUUCCUGAAGCACAUGGGCUUCGAUGUGCAGAAGAUGGCACAGCAGCAGGGGAUGGACCCCAGGAAGCUACUGGGCAUGCUCAAUAACGGGAGUUGAGUUGCUUCACCUUACAGGUGCAGUAAUGUUAGUGUAGCGUCAGGAAGACAUUCUGCAGAGAUGAGAACAUCAAGGGAGGACAACAGGGACACGAAAACAGGACUUGAAUGAGAAAACUGUCUAAAUGUUGUCUUCCAUAAACAGCAGAAAAGCUGAACAACUCAAAAACUCUUUGAGUCAAAUACAAUCAAACCAGAAUGUUGGAACUGUUUAAACACAACAUACGGGAUCACUUGUUUUAACAUAUAGACAGAUAUAUAUACUGUAGACAUGAUAUUGUUGUGACGUGUACACAAACACAAUGAAAGCUGGGUACAGUGUGUGUAUAUAUACAGUAAAUAUGUACCAUGCCAUAUGUAUGGGACUGUCAUGGUGGUUAUCUAAAAUACCUUUGAUGGGAAAGCGCUGCAUUCGUAACACCUCCCAGGUUGUUUUGUAGGGAUUUGGUGCUCUCUUCUGUCGACUCCAGCUAUCACGUUCAGAUAUCUAUCUAUGGUGCUGCUGUUUCUACCCUCCACCAAAUAUGCUGCUUUUUCUCAUUUUGUAAAAAUAAUAAUUUAAUGGGUAAUAUUUACUAAUAAAGGUACAAAGAUUGA